AUGAUGAUACUUCAUCAGACGCACAACGCAGGAUGUAAGCGUCCACCCCAACAACGCUCUGAACAACACUCACUCAAGCGAGUCGGUCAGCAAUAUUGGAUCAGAAAAGAACCAAAGCUCGAUCGAUGCCACAAGUUGGCGCCCUUUCUAGUUAGAUUAGCCUGCUUCGGACUCUCGUUUCUCUGCUGGACAGUUGCUCUUCUAUCAUGUUGCACUACUCUGAGCUCAACCAUAGGCUCUUCACAACUCGGGAAGAUCUUGCCUAUUUAUAGAGAUUUUUUCCAACAGCCAUCGCGCAUGGAGCUACAAGCCUUGUCAUACAUGCUUUGGGUAUCUCUUUCUUCCAGGCAACCGAUUAGUCCCGAGGGGCACCGGCAGGAUCAUGCGCCGAUGAUCGUCCCAACUGCUCUGGUUCAAUAUAUUCGGAGGAGACAUUAA